AUGGCGCCGGCAGAGAAAUUACAAUCGUACCUGAUCGAAGAGAUACUUUGUCGAUUGCCGACUAAAUCUCUUGCUCGAGUCAGAGCCGUAAGUAAGGCAUGGAAUACUCUUUGGGAGGACAAGCGUUUCUUAAAAAAGUACUUGGCUCGCACGCGACCUCAAUUCAUCGUAUGGACCAAUUCCCAUAUUUGUUCAGUAGGUAUCAUCGAUCUCGACGACGAAGAUGGUGGUAACCCGAGACUUGAGGUCCGUCAUAUAACUUCAGACAUUCCAGUACAUACCAGCUUAGCUCAUUGCGAUGGGUUCUUGCUAUCUAGCAUAUGGAAGAAAGGGUUUGAGGUUUGGAACCCUUGGUUAAGACGGAAGAGAUUGGUAGAGAAUCACGUAUUCAGGUUUUGCGGUCUAGGGUACGAUAACAGUAGACCUGAAACAACAGGUUACAAGAUUUUGGGGUAUGAUUUUAGUUUCGAUACUAGUGGCCAACUCUACCAAAACGUUGCCAUCUACGAUUGCAAAUCUGAUGCGUGGAAUUUUAUUACAAAUGCCCCUUGUGAGCAAGAUUUGGGUGUGCCACAGUUAGAUACUAUAUUGUCUUUGAACGGGAAUCUAUAUUGGAUUGCUUAUCAUUCAGUGGCUCGCCAAUAUUUCAUCCGGAGCUUUGAUUUUUCAAAGGAGAUGUUCAAGACCUUUUGUCGUCUACCUCACAGCGAACAAGACUUUGGCUAUACUCAAGUCCUUGCUGUUUUCAGGGGAGAUCGGUUUUCGUUGUUAAGGCAAUCUUACAUGACAAGGAAGAUUGACAUUUUCGUGACAAAGCACAAGAUGACGGUAAUGGAGAGGCCGUGGCAUGGAUGUGUUUCAUGA